AUGAGGAAUUGUGUGUUUGCACAUGUGUGUGCUGCAGUGUGCAUGAGUAGUGCGGUUUGCAGCAGACAGCAUUCGCAUGAUGAUGUUGUUGUUGGCAGACCCCAUGGAAAUAGAAAUAGGCAGGGAAGCAAUCAGGAAGGGGUCUGCAUAUGUCAAGCAGAUUGA